ACAACAUCGGACGACAUGUCAAGUAGAAUAACUCUGAUGUCACAAGCGUGUGCGUCACACUGGUCCUACAACCUGGGACCCAAACUCUACACGGUUUCAUUCUACUCGGACGCGGAGAAGAACCUCAUGUACUGCCACGUCCCUAAAGCUGGGUGCACGUUCUGGGGCCGUAUAUUUAGCUUUCUGACCCGCCCCGGCGAUAUGUCACAAAUGAAAAUUGGCUCGCCAUUUGAUAUAGAUCGCGUGAAACUCCACAACGGUCCGCUAAGGCCGGCUGGACAACCCGAGUGGAACUUGGCUAAAAACGAGAUCAGGGAGAACACCGUCAAAUUUUUCUUCGUCAGAGAUCCGUACGCUCGUCUUUGGAGCGUUUACCUAGAUAAAUACUAUUUACCCGAUUUCUGGAAUCGUCUCGAGAUUUCCCGUAAUCUUUGUCUCCUGAAUAUUACAUUUCCGGAAUUCCUGGCUUUUGCAGUGACGUCAAGCGACGGUCACAUGUUUCCCGCGGCGGUGGUGUGCAAUCCUUGUGAGUUCCGACCGCAGUACAUCGGCAAGGUGGAAACGUUUUUUCGAGAUUCCAAAUUUAUAUUAGACAAAGGGCGAAUGGGAAGCUUACUGGAUAACUACAGCUUUACAAAUUACACCGAGCUAGAGCUCAAAUCGAUCAUCUCAAACUACUUCUGGUAUUACACGGAGUUCAAGCUAAGUCAGUGUUUUACCGAGAAGGACCUCUGUCGUAGAAUGUGGCGCGUCUUUCAGAGUAACGGCCACAUCCGUUCGACGUUGGGAUUUCCCGAAAACUUGCCCGUCUACAACGAAGAGACGUUUCUCGACCAUGUUUUACAAACUGUACGGAGUCAGGGCAUGAGCAGAGCCGAAGCCUCGAAGCAGAGACGGCAAUAUCUUGUAGACGCAUAUAAGAAUGUAUCACGUGCCCACAUUUUAGCCAUAAAAGAAAGAUUCAAACCUGAUUUUGAAAUGUUCGAUUAUGAUAAGCAUCCACCAGCAUAA